AUGCUCCAGCCAGACAUGGCGGACGUGGUCUCUGACCUGGUCCUGUCCUUCUUCUGCUGCUGCUUCUACGCUCCCGGUGACCACCACCGCGGCGUCGGCACGCACCACCACUACAGCGGCGGCCACGACCACCCGACCGGCCGCAAUGCGGCGUAUCACCACCGCGGUGCCGGCAGCCGUAAGGUGAGCGGCCGGAGCAGGUCCCUGUCCCUGCAGACGGUGGAGCUUAAGGUGAGGAUGUGCUGCGAGGGCUGCGAGAGAGUCGUACGACAAGCCCUCCAGAACCUCCGAGGAGUGGACAGAGUGGAUGUGAACGUGCCAAUGGAGAAGGUGACGGUGACCGGGUACGUGGACCGGGCGAGGGUGCUGCAGGAGGUGCGGCGGAGCGGGAAGAAGGCGGAGUUCUGGCCGAGCGGUGGCACGCCGCUGUGGUUCACGUCCCCCAGGAGCUACUUCCGCGACGACGGCCGCUCGUACCGCCGCGACAGCUACAACUACCACCGGCACGGGUACAGCGACGGCGACCGGCACGGCCGCAUGCGCGAGCCCGCCCGCGGCGCCGGGCCCGUCGGCAACAUGUUCAACGACGACGACGUCAACGCCGCCUGCCGGAUCAUGUGA